CGACCAAUGUAAAAAUAAUUAUAAACUUUGUAACCUUUUAAAAGCUCGGGCUUUGAAACAGUGUGGUCAUUGGGAAAUUAAAAACUUAGUUACCUACCUACAGUCCGCGCGCGAUCUAAGUGCAGUCGGGGUAUGAGGCGCGGGAGCACCUCCCCCGCCGUCGACGCACCUCGCCUCGCUAUUAAGCCAGUCAUUGUAUCGUCUCGACGCGCGACGGUUCGCAGUCGGAUGUGUGUAGCGGAUUAAACCAUACGUUAUCGUAAUUCGUGCACAGACGUAUUCUAUCGAUAGUAACGUGUCUAGGUCUAGUUGGUACGUCCUAUUUUUAUUUUGCACGGAGCUUUUGGGCCAGUUCAUGGUAGAUACGUUAAAAGUAAAUUAGGUGCUUAUCCAAUUAACAAUCGUUUUUAUUUUCAGAGACAUGUCUUUUAAAAUUGUACAGACAAUUGAGUACGGUGUACAAAAACUGACCGUCGUUCCCACGCUGUGGGAAUCGAACGGUAUUGUCCGCUGGCCACCAAAGACCGUUAAAUUUGCGUCAAAAUUAAUAAAAGACGGAAAUUCAAGACCAGGGCCAGAGUGGAGCUCAUUUAAAUGCGUGCUGAAAAGAAAUUGUAUCCCGACUUUCGAAGAAGCGAACAAAGAAUUAUAUCAAAUGGAGCUUAAUACGGAUACUGACUACGACAACGAUAACUGUGGCGUGCCGGGGACGUCUCAUCCCGAUCUUGCAACCAAUGAUGAAAUAGAUUUUGACGCAAUGGCACAAAAUUUGGCACAUAUGGACAAUUCGCAACCGUCAGCAAGCGACAGCACAUUAACGGCAACCGUACUACAGCAAGACACAAUUCAAGUAAUUACCACGGGAGAUAUACACUCCAUGCUUGCAAAUCAAGCCGCAAUGUUAGAGAAACUAAACAUAGUUGUGGCAAAUCAAAAAAAAAUUGCACUUAAGCUGGCUUCUUUAGCAGUCCAAUUAGAGGAAACAAAAGAAAGACCAGUAAGUGUUGCAUUGCUACAAGACCAAUUAGGAUCGGAAGAAAAUGAAAGUUUUUCAAUAACGCCCAUUGAAAACCAGCAGCAAAUGGAAAUGUUGGAAGCGAAUCUAGCUGAUAAGGCCCAAAAAAAGAAGUUUUCCAAAACUUUAUCAUUGCUGUGCUCAUCUACAGUGGGUGGCGGUACAACGUGCGCAUACAAGCUACUGGAUGUAAUUUUCUCCAGAGAUUUUCUUUGCCAGUGUUCAUGGUCCGGUGGUAGCAAGGGAGAAAUUUCUAAAAUUCCUCUUAAAAAUUACAAAAACUUUAGGAAAUUUUUCUUUGAAAUUGUCAAUUCUUGGGACUCGAAGUUUACCGACGAUGACGCAGAAAAGUUUUUGAAGCUAGUCGUGAGGAAUGCUGCAAAACGUAAAGCAAUGAAAGGGUUACGCCAAUCAACAAAACGAACCCGCAAGAGUAGAAAUUGUGGAAAUGAUGUAAAAUACGGAGAAAAAUUACAAGACAGUGCCAGUAAAGAUAGAGAAGAACUUCAAACUGGUGAAGAAGAUGUUGCUACUGUGAGUAGCGGUGUAUAACGGGUAUCUCCAACUAUCUCGCGUUGUAUCUUUUUUAAGAUAUUUUUGUGAUUAAGAAAAUGUUAAUUUUACUUUCUAGUUUGAGAAAAAUAGAAGUUACUAGUGAUUGGCUCUUACUUGCCCUUUAAAUAUGAAUAAAUAGGUGUUACAGACGACUUUGUGACUUUGUUUGAUCUUUUAUAUUAUGUGGAAUGAACACAAACAAUAAAUAAAAGGACAAAAUAAUCCAUA